GCGAGGCGGUGUGGGGACUGCCGCGGUCGGGGUCCGCUCCCUCGCCUCCGUCCCGUCUCUUCCCCCGGCCGUGUCAGACUUUGUGUCUGCCGCGGCAAAUGAGUGUAAACCCGCGAAAGUGCACGUGGUGACGGGAACGCCCGAGGAAACGGCAAACAUCCUGGCGGGUCUGGAGAAAGAGGGCAUGGUUAAAAAACUGCCCAAGUACGAGAACUGCUGGUUGGCCAGAACAGAUCCUAAGGAUGUUGCUCGUGUGGAGAGUAAGACGGUGAUUGUUACUAAGGAGCAGAGAGACACCAUCCCUAUCCCCAGCGGAGGGGCCAAGAGUCAGCUGGGCAGCUGGAUGAGUGAGAGUGACUUCCAGAAGGCCAGAGAGGACCGCUUCCCUGGCUGCAUGGAAGGCCGGACGAUGUACGUCAUCCCGUUCAGUAUGGGACCAGUGAACUCGUCUUUAGCGAAGUUCGGCGUGCAGGUGACCGACUCGCCGUAUGUGGUGGCCAGCAUGGGCAUUAUGACUCGCAUGGGCACGCCUGUCUUGAAGAAGCUGGCGGAGGGGGCGGAGUUUGUACGAUGUCAGCAUUCUCUAGGCAGACCGCUGCCCCUCAAAGCACCACUGGUCAACUCAUGGCCCUGUAAUCCAGACAAGGUUCUGAUCUCUCAUCUGCCAGACACCAGACAGAUUCUGUCCUUUGGCAGUGGUUACGGUGGGAACUCUCUCCUGGGCAAGAAAUGUUUUGCCCUGCGUAUUGCUUCUCGAAUAGCCAAAGACGAAGGCUGGCUGGCCGAACACAUGCUGAUCCUGGGAAUCACUAACCCUCAGGGAGUGAAGCGGUACGUGGCUGCCGCGUUUCCCAGCGCGUGUGGUAAGACCAACCUGGCCAUGAUGAAGCCCGCGCUGCCCGGCUGGAAGGUGGAGUGCGUGGGAGACGACAUCGCCUGGAUGAAGUUCGACAGUCAAGGAAAACUCAGGGCCAUCAACCCAGAGAACGGUUUCUUUGGCGUAGCCCCCGGCACAUCCUUAAAGACCAACCCUCACGCCAUGGCAACCAUCGCUAAAAACACAGUGUUUACAAACGUGGGUGAGACCAGCGAUGGGGGGGUGUGGUGGGAAGGUCUGGACCCUCCAGCUCCGGGCAUCACACUGACAGACUGGCACGGGAAAUCCUGGAAACACGGAGACCCCACACUGUGCGCCCACCCAAACUCCAGGUUCUGUGCUCCAGCCGCCCAGUGCCCGAUCAUAGACCCCCUGUGGGAGAGCGAUGAGGGUGUGCCCAUUGAUGCCAUCAUAUUUGGGGGCAGGAGGCCAGAAGGAGUGCCACUGGUUUAUGAGACAUUUAACUGGCGUCAUGGUGUGUUUGUUGGUGCUUCCAUGAGGUCAGAGUCCACAGCGGCUGCAGAGCAUAAAGGCAAGGUGAUCAUGCACGACCCGUUCGCCAUGCGGCCGUUUUUCGGCUAUAACUUCGGCGACUACCUCGCCCACUGGCUGAGCAUGGAAACACGCAAAGGCCCCACCCAGCUGCCGAAGAUUUUCCACGUUAACUGGUUCCGAAAAGACCCGAAGAACGGCUCCUUCCUGUGGCCGGGUUUUGGUGAGAACGCCCGCGUGCUGGAGUGGAUCUUCCGCCGUUGCGAACGUAGCCGAGAGGACGAGGCUGCGAAAAAGAGCAUCGUCGGAUGGGUACCACAAGAGGGCGCCAUCGAUGUGACAGGCCUGGGAGGCAAGGUGGAUAUGGGAGCCCUGUUCGAUCUGCCAAAACCCUUCUGGCAGAAAGAGGCCCAGGAGCUCCGAUCUUACUUCACCCAGCAGGUGGGGUCUGACCUCCCUGCCCAGGUGGAGGCAGAGCUGAGAGCACUGGAGGAGAGAGUGAGGGAUUGA